CUUUCUAACAUGGCAGAUCAAUUAGUGGUGUAUGGUCAUGUGACGGGAAAAUCUUCUCACUCAUAAGACGGUUUGUGUUUGAAAACUGUGAACUUUUUCUCGCGAAUAGAGGAUUGUUAGUGAAGAGUUCGAGUUCGCGAUGGCGGACGUGAAAAGUCCCCCCUUUAGUGACAUUAAACGUCCCGAGGAGGUAGUGGCGAUGGCGAUGAACGACAGCUUGAAAUUCGCCGUGCUGAUAGGACUAAUCGAGGUGGGACAGGUGUCUAAUCGGGAGGUAGUCAACACAGUUUUGCACUUGCUGGUGGGUGGCGAGUUCGACAUAGAGCUAAACUUCGUGAUUCCAGACCCACAAAACAUCAGACAUAUGCUGGAAUUGUUAGACCAUUGUACGCCAAAUCUACAGGCGGAAAUAUGGAGUGUGUUCAUUGCAAUUUUGAGAAAAAGCGUCCGAAAUCUACAAGCAUGUACAGAUGUCAGUCUCAUCGAACACGUUUUGCAUCGCUUAUCGCUUGCAGAAACCGUCGUUGCAGAUUUAAUGAUCGACAUGCUUGGAGUUUUGGCGAAUUACAGCAUCACAGUAAAAGAACUGAAGCUCCUGUUUGGUGCAAUGAAAGCAGUCAAAGGAAAGUGGCCACGACAUUCGGCAAAAUUAUUAAACGUCCUUCGUCAAAUGCCGCAGAGAAACGGACCUGACGUCUUCUUCAGUUUUCCAGGCAGACAGGGAUCAGCGGUAUUGCUACCACCACUCGCGAAAUGGCCGUAUGAAAGCGGCUUUACUUUUACGACAUGGUUCAGAUUGGACCCAAUCAACUCGGUUAAUAUCGAACGAGAAAAGCCUUAUCUGUAUUGUUUUAAAACCAGCAAAGGCGUUGGUUAUUCUGCACAUUUCGUAGGAAACUGUCUCGUGCUUACAUCUAUGAAAAUGAAGGGCAAAGGACUGCAACACUGCGUCAAAUACGAAUUUCAACCACGGAAGUGGUACAUGAUUGCUGUGGUGUACAUAUACAACAGAUGGACGAAGAGCGAAAUCAAGUGUUUAGUUAAUGGCCAACUAGCUUCUAGUACAGAAAUGACGUGGUUCGUCUCAACGAACGAUCCGUUCGACAAAUGUUACAUCGGUGCAACUCCAGAACUGGACGAGGAACGUGUUUUCUGUGGCCAGAUGAGCGCAAUUUAUUGCUUCAGUGAAGCACUAACCACACAUCAGAUAUGUGCGAUGCAUAGGCUAGGACCUGGAUAUAAGAGUCAAUUCCGGUUUGACAACGAAUGUUAUCUGAACCUGCCCGACAAUCACAAAAGGGUGAGUCAAGAGCUGGAACUCUCGAGCAUGAAGGACCAAUGUAUGCGGCCUGUUCUUUAUGAUGGGAAGCUGUCCAAUGCAAUUGUGUUUAUGUAUAAUCCAGUAGCGACGGAUUCCCAGCUAUGUUUGCAGAGUGCACCAAAAGGAAACGUUUCUUACUUUGUACAUACGCCACAUGCACUGAUGCUGCAGGACGUUAAAGCUGUAAUCACGCAUUCUAUACAUAGUACGCUGAAUUCCAUUGGAGGGAUCCAAGUGCUUUUCCCUCUUUUUUCACAAUUGGAUAUGCCUUACGAUUGCGUAUCCCCAAACGAUAUUCAAAGAGAUCCUUCUUUGUGUUCUAAAUUAUUGGGGUUUAUUUGCGAUAUGAUGGAGAGUUCGCAAACGGUCCAGCAGCAAAUGGUACUAAACAGAGGGUUUGCUGUAAUUAGUUACAUGCUUCAAAGAGCGAGCCGGGAACACUUGACGAUAGAAGUUUUGACCUCAUUUUUAGAGUUGACGAAACACCUCGUUACGAGCCUCAGUGCCAAUAGCGAUUUGUUGCUGAAGCAGCUACUGGACCACGUUCUCUUCAACCCAGCUUUGUGGAUAUACACUCCAGCACCGGUGCAAAUCCGUCUCUACUCUUACCUAGCGACGGAAUUUCUCAGCGACACGCAAAUCUAUUCCAACGUAAGGCGGGUGUCGACUGUCAUGCAGACUGUUCAUUCUCUCAAGUACUACUAUUGGGUUGUUAAUCCUCGAGCGAAGAGUGGAAUUACGCCCAAGGGACUCGAUGGGACGCGACCUCUGCGAAAGGACAUUCUGACUAUACGAUCAUAUAUUUUGUUGUUUUUGAAGCAACUUAUUAUGAUAGGGCAUGGCGUAAAGGAGGAUGAGAUCCAAACAAUUCUUAAUUAUCUAACGACGAUGCACGAGAUGGCUCCCAAUGAGUUGCAGAGUCAGAAACAGGAAUCUAUGACAGCGCGGGGACAAGCGGGAUACAUAGUAUUGCUGCAUUGGCAUGGUCAUCAAAAGCUGGAUCCGGACAAAGGACCGGUAAUACCUGGAACAGAUCCAUGGUUGCCGAAAGACGAUUGUCAUUCUAAACGAUACGAACAGGAUGGAGUCAGUCAGGGAAAUUCUGGAUUCACCCAAGUAACACAUAAAGACAGUGGUUCAGAUGUUUACGGGGGACAAGCACGUGAACUAUCACGUGCGCAAUAUGGGAUUCUGACUGACAACAUUAGUCAACAAAUUCUGUACACGAAGCACCUGGAACCUGAGUCGCAUCAUCGAAUAGAAAGUGCGAAUAUUCUCAAAGUGGUAGCAACACUAAUUCGACAAUCAAAACGAACCGAGCAGCUGCACGAAGUGAAGAAACUCUUUCUCUCCGAUAUGACCUUACUUUGUAACAAUAAUAGAGAAAAUCGACGUACGGUCUUGCAGAUGUCAGUUUGGCAAGAGUGGUUGAUAGCUAUGGCUUAUAUUCAUCCCAAGAACGCAGAAGAGCAGAAAAUAUCUGACAUGGUUUACUCCUUGUUCAGAAUGCUGCUGCAUCACGCCAUCAAAUACGAGUACGGAGGCUGGCGUGUUUGGGUCGAUACUUUGGCCAUUGUUCAUUCAAAAGUUUCCUAUGAAGAAUUUAAACUUCAAUUUGCUCAAAUGUACGAACAUUACGAACGGCAAAGAUCUGACAAUAUCACUGACCCAGAAUUAAGACAGCAACGGCCAAUCAGCACGAUUUCAGGGUGGGACCAACACCAUUCUGUUACUAAUGGAUACAUCAGACCCACACCAUGGACCAAUCAACAACAGGUGGAAAUUCAACACGAAUUUGAAACACCCGAGAGUAACGAUCGACUCGAGGAAUCCUGCAGCUGUGACUUAAAUUCGAUCGACAAUACCGAGAGCGAGGGGAGUCCCGCAAUCGUCAAAUCCCGAAGUGAAACUGUUGUUACUCAGCAGUCUAGCGAAGCAGUCUCUUUAGAUUCGAGACUAAGCGACAAACCUGAAACUCCAACAACGGCUCUCGAAAAUCAUGUCGAAACUUCAAGUAUAUUAGAAAAUCGUAACGAGGUCAUUUCUCCAGCUACAAUGCAAGAGGUGAGUGAAGAUUUUCUGAGCGAGUUCUUCAGUGAAGGACAGAAAGUUGAAAAUUCGAGUCCCGAUUCGACUGUUCAUGAGGCUUCGACAAAAGAGGAAAAAAGGUUCAGCCAAGCACAGAAAACUGAUGUUUCUUCCACAACGAAAGAGACCAAAGAUGCGAUUUCCGUCUCCCCUUUCGAAGAUGCUAAAGAUGAAGCGAAAAAAGAAGUGGAAGACCAACAGAAGGUGAAGGAAGACGUGGAGGAAGAAGUGAAAGAAAAUGAAAAUGAAGAAGUGAAGGGAAAGAAACUUGAAGAAGUAAAAGGAAAGAAGGAAACAAAUGAGACUAAAACGGAAGACAUAGAACAACAGGAAGGGGAGAAUGAACCGGUAGAAAAGCAUGAAGAAUCAAAAGAAGUGAAAAAAGUUCAUGAAACAGAUAAAGUAAUGGAAAAGGAAAAAUCAAACGAAAAGGACGAGGUAAAGGAAAUAGAAGAGAUAAAAAAAGAAGUCGAAAAAGCAAAAGAGGAGUCGGACACAACGAAAGAAGAAAAAUUAGUCAGCGAUGAGCCUAACUCCGCGGGAGAGUCGGAAGAAGAUCCUAAACUCGAAUCUAGUACCGAAGAAACAGUAAAACUCGGGGAAAUAACCGAAGGUCAAGUUACAGUUGCAAAAGACGACCAACUCAUGAUGGAAGUCGAACACCUCAGGGGAAAAAGUAAAGAAGAUGAGUUUACCGAAAAAAGUCUCAAUUGCUCAACUAGCCUAGUAACGAGCGCCGAUACCUCUGAAGUAGAAAUUGAAAAAUCAGAAAUAUUAGAGAAUAGUGCCAUAACUAUGGAGGAGAGUGUAGUCAAAGCUGAAAGUGCUGUUAUUAUUGGUAGCGAAGAGUGUUCCGCAGGAAAGGUAAAUGCUGAGUCAACCGAGCCGUCCAAUAUUUCUACUAGCUUAAGUGAUAAAACGGACCUUCCGGUGAAGACUAGCGUCGAAGAAGUGGAUAGUGUUUAUAAUAAUAGCGAUGUUCAAAGUUUUGUAGAUAAUGUGACGCAAGUGCCAAGUUUUAUGCAGCAAAUCCCAACAAUAACAACGGUCUGUGAUGAUACUAAAAGUUUAAAAAAUGGUGUGCCUCAAAUCGUAAGUUCCAAUGUUGUUGCAAGAGAUAAUCCAUUACCAAAUAACUCAAAUUCACCAGAUAUGGGGAACGUGAGAAGAAGGACGAGUUUGCCGAGUGUAGAAGUUCCCGAAGAAAAAAUGGCAGAAACUGUAGGUGGUGUACUUCCCCCCCCUGGGCCCCAAAUACAAAACUCCUCGCCCCAAAAACGACCAAGGAGUGCCUCGACUUCUACUCAAGUCGACCCGAAUCACUUUGACUCAACUAGAACAAGACAAGCAUCAAAUCCUUUCACGAGGCCUAUGUUUAGUCCAGGACCAACAAGGCCACCUUUCAGGAUACCAGAAUUCAAAUGGUCUUACAUUCAUCAAAGGCUACUGUCAGACGUACUUUUCUCCCUUGAAACCGAUAUCCAAGUUUGGAGAAGUCACUCUACCAAAUCAGUCCUCGAUUUUGUCAAUAGCAGCGAAAACGCUAUUUUUGUUGUCAAUACGGUACACCUCAUAUCUCAACUCUCCGACAAUCUUAUCAUGGCUUGCGGUGGAUUGUUGCCUCUUUUAGCUUCAGCAACUUCGCCAAAUAGCGAGCUAGACGUGAUCGAGCCAACACAGGGUAUGCCAAUUGAAGUCGCAGUGUCAUUUCUGCAAAGACUAGUCAAUAUGGCUGACGUACUUAUUUUCGCGAGUUCACUGAAUUUCGCCGAUCUCGAGGCUGACAAGAACAUGUCUAGUGGUGGAAUUUUGAGACAAUGUCUCCGACUGGUCUGUACUUGUGCGGUUAGAAACUGCUUGGAGUGUAAAGAACGUGGCAGAACGUGCAGCAUGUUGGGUCGACAGAUUGGUUCUAGUAAUAAAUCGCAGCACAUACAAUCACUUAUACGAGGAAUCCAAAUAUCACCUAAGAAUACCAUGGAUAACUUAGCAAGUCAGUUGAGUCCUGUGAAGGAUCCAGAAAAACUCCUUCAAGAUAUGGAUGUGAACCGAUUGAGAGCCGUUGUUUACAGAGAUGUUGAAGAAACCAAGCAGGCUCAGUUUCUGUCCCUGUCUAUAGUUUACUUCAUCUCUGUACUGAUGGUUUCAAAAUAUCGAGAUAUUUUGGAACCUCCGGUUAAUCCCCGCCCAUCUAGUCCUGUCAAAAUGAUACAAACAAAUGGAACUGGUCUCAGAUCUGGUAGUCCGACAGCGGAUGGGAAUGGUGGUGGAGAUGGGCGGCCUCUGUUUCCACAAUGGUCUCACCACGUGCACCCUCAGUUCCUUCCGGGGUCACACCCCAACGCCAAUACAAAUACCAACCACCACAUCAGCCAGCACCACCACGAGCACCCGCUACCGGCUGCCAGACACCCUAAUAACCGCCAACCUUCCAACUAUUGUCUCUCGAAUCACCAUAAUAACCAUCACAAUCAUUAUUCGAAUAAUUAUAACUAUCAUCGUCAUCACUAUCAUCAUCAUAAUAGCAACAAUCAUCGUCACGCGCUUCAAAAUCAUAUUGAACAGCCCCGAAAUCUCUAUCAUAAUAACUCUGGUGUUGGUGUGCAAGGAAGUGGUCGAGUUAGUCAUUCGGCAUCUCAAGAUGAUGGAGAAUAUGAAGUUAUAGUGGUGGAUGAAAAUAAUUCGUCUAUUUUGGCAGAUCAUAAUGUUCCUUCUUCUGGUCCUCCCUCGACAAAGGCUGGUCCAAGGCCACGGCAUAUUUGCGAGGAUUACACCUCGAAAGAAACUCCUCUUGGCUCAUCUUCAAGGCCUGAAGUUUCACCCCAAAAAAAUACGCAGAGCAAUGAAUCAAGUGAAGAAAAUGGCCAAAAAAGCAACAUCACUGGUGAUCCCAGUCCAUCGGAUGUAACAACUGAUAACGAAAAUAAACAAAAUUCGUCCGAAGAAGCUUGGACUGAUGUGAACCUAAAUGAAGGAGACACCGAAUCAAUAACGAAUAAAAGAAAUGGAGCUGGAAAUGUUAAUAAUAUCAUUCAUUCCCAUGGUCAACUUACAGAAAGUGAAGGGGAAGUGAUUGAUCGCGAAGCGUUUGCGAAUUCGGAACGAGGUGAAAAACCGGUGACGGAGAUUUCAGUUGUCAGAGUACCGGGUCACCUGAUGGUGACGACUUCCGUGCCACGACCGGAUGAUUUACCAAUUAAAGGAUUCGUAGAGCAUAUUCCAGUGCCAACACCAACAAGAGAGGCUUCAUUGACCCAACAAUUAGAAACUGCUUUAGGAUCGGUGUGUCCGCUUCUUCGCGAGAUUAUGGUUGACUUUGCCCCUUUCUUGUCUAAGACACUCAUUGGGUCUCAUGGACAAGAUCUACUUAUGGAGGGAAAAGGAUUAAUAACCUUCAAAAACAGUAAUUCAGUAGUGGAGCUUGUAAUGCUGCUUUGCUCCCAAGAAUGGCAAAACUCUUUGCAGAAGAACGCGGGACUCGCUUUUAUUGAACUUAUCAACGAAGGAAGAUUAUUAUCUUGUGCUAUGAAGGAACACAUCGUGCGAGUUUCCAAUGAAGCUGAAUUUAUUCUCAAUCGAAUGCGAGCUGAAGAUGUUUUGAGGCAUGCCGAAUUUGAGUCCCAUUGUGCACAAACGUUAUUAGAUCGUCGAGAGGAAGAAAGAAAAUGCGAUCACUUGAUAACAGCCUCUCGAAGACGGGACAACGUAAUGGCCAGUCGUAUUUUGGAAAAAGUGCGCAAUAUUCUUACGAAUAAGCACGGUGCUUGGGGAUAUAUGGAUCCGUUGGCCGCCAAGUUGACAGAAUUCUGGAAAUUGGACACUUGGGAGGACGAUACUCGUCGAAGAAGGCGUUUCGUUCACAAUCCUCUGGGUUCAAGUCAUCCAGAGGCUACAUUGAAAGCCGCUUUAGAACAUGGUGCACCAGAGGACGCUAUUCUUCAAGCUCGUGAAGAGUUUCACGCUCACCUCGCAGCUUCGCGUGCAUACCAGCAACAGUUGCAAUCUCCAGACCUUAUGGACGACAACGAACUCUUAGUCGAUGACAGAGACUUGGAUAACGACCUUGCUGGUCCAGUAAAUAUCACCACGAAGGCCAAACUUAUCUCGCCUGGAAUCGUCGCACCUGGUGUGAUGUCCAUCACAUCUUCCGAAUUGUACUUCGAGGUGGAUGAAGACGACGUUGAAUAUAAGAAAAUCGACAGUGAGCUAACCACGAUCUUCGUCCACUUACAAGAUAUCACCGAUAGACAAGACGCUCAGGAAUGCACCAAACAUCCAGUAUCAAGUAUCCACCAUCCACUUGGAUUCUGGUUCUCGGGAUAUUCUAAAUAGUCGACAAUUCUCAUCAGAUAUCACAUUUGCAUGGAAUGUUUUAGCGAGUUGGCACGCCUUUUUUAAACUCUUUCUGGCUUUCGAUAUUCCUAGUAUAAGGGAGAUGAUUCAAGUUAUGGAUUAAUUCCAUCACGGAUUAUUUAAAUUCAAAGUUACAGGGCCUGAAUUGUUUCA